AUGCCCUCUCUUUUGUUCGAUACUACCAUAACUCUGAACAACGGCGACAAGAUCCCUCAACUUGGGUUCGGCGUCUACCUCUCCCCGCCCGAGAUCGCCACGCGUACAGUCACCACUGCUCUUGAGGCGGGAUAUCGACACAUUGACUCGGCACAGUGGUACUUUAACGAAGCCGAAGUCGGCGCUGCCGUCCAGUCCUCCUCCGUCGACCGAUCCUCCGUCUUCCUCACGACCAAGCUCGGACAUGCCGAUAAAGUCCAAGAAAGGCUAGAGGAGAGUGUGGCCAAGAUUGACCCGACAUCGAAAGGCUACGUCGAUCUCUUCUUGAUUCACUCGCCUACUGCUGGGCCGGAGGGGAGACCGAAGCAGUGGAAGUUGAUGGAGGAGCUGGUGAAGGAUGGGAAGGCCAAGGCUAUUGGUGUGUCAAACUAUGGUCUGCGCCAUCUGAAGGAGAUGGAGACGUACGCGGAAAUACCGCCCGCAGUGAACCAGAUCGAGCUUCACCCCUGGUGUCAACAACCCGCCAUCGUCUCAUACUGCCAAUCUCACAACAUCGCGCUCGAAGCCUACUCGCCCAUGGUCCAGGGUACAAAAUCGUCCGAUCCGACCCUGCUCAAGAUCGCCGAAGAGACAGGGAAGAGCUGGGCCCAGGUCCUGAUCAGGUGGAGUCUGCAGAGAGGAUUCAUCCCCCUUCCGAAAUCCGACACCAAAGAACGCAUCAUCUCCAAUACUCAGGUCUUUGACUUUGAGCUUAGCAAGGCGCAAAUGGACAGCCUGAACGCGCUGGACAAGGAUGAGCACGUGUGUCUGAACAAUACCGAGGUGCCAUAG